AUGGAUAGUCAAACCCCUCGUCUUGCUGCUGGGAGCAGCAGCUUUGCUGCUCCUGCUGCUGCUGCUGUUGCUGCUGCUGCUGACGAUGACGAAGAUGCUGCCACCGCUGCUGCUGCUGCUGCUGCUGCUGCUGCUGCUGCUCAGCCAGCAGAUGAAUUAUACGGGGCAGCAGCAGAUACACCCCCCCUAGGCUUUCCUGUUGUUGCUGUGCGUGCCUUCACAGACGCUCGCUGCAGCAGCAGCAGCAGCAGCAGCAGCAGCAGCAGCAGCAGCACGAACUGCAGCCGAUACAACGGCAGCAUUCGAACUACUCAUGCAGACAAACACAUCAGGGGAGCAGCAGCAGAUUGGGAUGCUGCUGCUGCUCCUGCUGCUGCUCCUGCUGCUGCUCCUGCUGCUGCUCCUGCUGCUGCUGCUGCUGUGCCUGUAGGAGGCAGCUCCUUCGACCCCACUAACCCUCAUACGAGUGAGGUCUAUUCUCCCUCUGCUGCUGCUGCUGCUGCAGCAGCAGCAGCAGCAGAAGCAGCAACAGAGACGGCUCACAGCACGUGGCCGCCCCGAGCAGUCUUUGAUUUGCCUAAGCUGCAGCUGCAGCAGCAGCAGCAGCAGCAGCAGCAACUUCAGCAGCAACUGCAGCAGCAACUGCAGCAGGAUAUGCCGUUGGAGCCACCCCGGGACGCAGCAGCAGACGGCCGCUAUUCUGCUGCUGUCUGUCGCCCAGCUUCUACCCAGCAGCAGCAGCAACGGCAGCAGCAGCAACAGCAGCAGCAGCAGCAGCAGAGUGAGAAUGGAAGCACCCCUGCAACAUCUUCUGGUGCAUCAUCAUCAUCAUCAUCUGCAGCAGCAGCAGCAGCAGCAGCAGCAGCAGCAGGAGCAGCAGCAGUAUAUGUGCCAGUUGCAGCAGACUCGUCUAUAACAUAG